GAGUGAUCGCUCCCUGGCAUGGAUGGCCAUUCCCCGGAGUAGAUGAUGGCUCCUCAGGACGGAUGACCUUUCCCCGGGAUGCGUAGCAUCUCCUCCGGAUGGGUGACCUUUCCCCCGAGAUUGGUGGCCUCUCCCCUGGGAUGGAUGACCGCUCCGUGGGGCGGGGGCCGCUCCCCGGAGUCCCCCGCCCCGGCGCAGGAGGAGCCGCCCUUCCCCGGCGCAGGCGCCGCAGAGGUCGGCCGCGCCAUGGCCCGCGGGGCGCUGCUGGGCGCCGUGGCUGCCGUGGCCUGUCUGUGCUUCCUAGCCCCCGCGGCCGAGGCCUUCAAGAGGAGGGGACCCAGCGUGACAGCCAAGGUGUUCUUUGAUGUGAAGAUUGGAGACAAAGAUGUUGGCAGAAUUGUAAUUGGAUUGUUUGGAAAAGUUGUCCCAAAGACUGCGGAGAACUUCAUUGCAUUGGCAACUGGAGAAAGAGGAUAUGGAUACAAAGGAAGUAAAUUUCAUCGUGUGAUCAAAGACUUCAUGAUUCAAGGAGGAGACUUUACAGCUGGAGAUGGAUCAGGAGGAAGAAGCAUCUAUGGAGAAAGGUUUCCUGAUGAGAACUUCAAGCUCAAACACUAUGGAAUUGGAUGGGUUAGCAUGGCUAAUUCUGGCCCAGACACCAAUGGAUCCCAAUUCUUCAUCAGUGUGACAAAGCCUUCCUGGUUAGACGGAAAACACGUAGUAUUUGGCAAAGUCCUUGAUGGAAUGUCUGUGGUGCACUCGAUAGAACUCCAGCAGACAGAUGAACGUGAUCGGCCCCUUCAAGACUGUGUGAUUGUGAACAGUGGCAAAAUAGCUGUAAAGGAACCAUUUGUAGUUGAAGUUGGUGACUGGUGAGACCAAUAGUCAGCAUGGAAAGUGAAACUUAAUCACUUCUCUUUAAUGCCGUUUUUUGACCAAUCUCAAUGAUCCAUUAAAUUUUCUUCUCUAAACAUAUGAAGUUACAUUUAGUAAUACUUAAAAUUUGCCAAAUACAGAAGAGAUACGACUAUUUCUAUAAUAACUUGUUGGAGCUGCCACUCCUUGAAAUUCAAGAUAUAUCCACCGAUUUCCAGAUCUUGCAGAAAAAGUCUUUAAUGAAAAAUUAUAGCAGUAAUUCUAUUUUUCCAGGGUUUAAAAUACAGUAAUUUUGUUCUGUUUGGAAAUUUUAGCGAUAUUUGUUUUUGUCUUUUCAACUGAAAAUUUUGUCUUUCCAACAGAAAAUAUUUACUGUAACAUUACCAGCAUUUCUAAAAACUUAAAAAAAAAAAGUAAAAUAUAGAAGUGUUUUGAAUAAAUAAAUUUUGCUUUCAGAUAAAUA